CGCAGCAGUGAGAUGUCAAAUUGUCAAUCGUACCGUACAUACGUACAUGUACGUGACAUGUGAAAACACCGUCGAUACUCGGAGAUUGUGUUACAAAUCUGUGUGAAUUAUUUGCCUGUUCUGCUCAAGAUCUUUGCCAGCCAGUUGUUUUUGAUUGUCUGGUGGAUCUGUUGUGCUGUUGAAAAGUGCAGCACCUGAGCCAGUCAAGAUGGCUGAUCUCCAAGCCGCGCUUGAGUUUGCUGUUGAACUUACCAAGUUUCACAAUAUUGACUUAUUCCAAAGAGGCUAUUAUCACGUCCGAUGUUCCAUCAAUGGGGGCCCAAAGACAACGCUGAAAUCGGAGGCCACUAUCAUCAAACCAGCUGAGGGUUCCAACAAUCUGUCGGCCUACACCUGUAAGAAUGUGGGCGUGUCCAGAACGUUCCCUAUCUUGUACAAACGGGAGGAGGUAGAUCUUAAAGACGUGACGCUGUUCAAGGUUUAUCUGCUCGUGGACAGCCACAAGAUCGAGGAAUCGCUGCAUGAAGCCAGUAUUCUACUGAGCGUGGACCUGCAUUUCUCAGGCAGUGAAGAACCGCCAGGCACGCCAGAAUCCAUGGAGGCCAUCAGCUCACGAACUCUCAAGCUGAACAUCAACGGUUCGGACGGACUGCAUAGCCAUGUGCCUCUCCUGUUCGACUACUUCCACCUAUCAGCGGUGUCGUUAACAGUCCAUGGGUCAUUACUGGGACUUCAUCAGGCAACAUUUAGUGUGCCUAAGCCAGUCAAGUCUGGAUGGUUGCAUAGAAUAUCAGGGUCAGGAUCCCCCACCAAGCAGCCUCCAAUACCCACCCUGGAAGCUGUCCUGUUUGGCCCCCCGGGAAAACCGCCUGUCUCUAGCUCAUCCACGGACCGAUACACCGUACCAGCUGAGAGGAAUGCCCAUGCCUAUCAGAUCUAUCACAGCAUGUGUGCAGUGUUGCUACAGACUCGCUGUGCACUAUGCCUCAUAUUCAACCAACUCGGCAAGAAUUUACCACAAGACCAACAAUUCACACUGGAAGCCGCUGACUACGGAGAGAAGCUUCAUAUGAUGUGUGAAUCGUUCCAGAGACUGUCUGACCAGGAAGACAUCAUGGAGUCUGUCAACACCCACAUAUCCCAACUCUCUGGGGAAUUGUGCCUGAUAUGGACGCAGUUUUUGGAAAUCUUGGUGAAGAACGGAUACAUCACCAACUACCUAAGGUCCGAGUACCACAAAGCAAGGGUCCAGCGAUUCUCAGAAGGGUUUUUCACCAUCGACAACCCAAAGCAGUCGGCCGCUACUUUCCAUGAGAUCAGCUGCCAGGGUUAUUCCUACAUCGGCCAAGCCAUCCGCAACUCUCUGUACUACACCUCCCUACCCAGGCUGCCACUGGAGUGUACGGAGACAGACGGAGACCCCCAGACGAUACCCAUCAUCUUUGAAGAUCGCUACCUGGAUUCUGUGGCCACUGAGGAAAUUCAGAAUCUGAGCAUUGAUGAGAUUGCACAGUCCAUCCGCACCCUUCCCAAAGCUCCUACUCCUAGAGAGCAUCCUUCAGAGCAACACAGCAAACCCUCGUCUCCAAGAGAGAAGAGCCCCACUCAGAAGGCCAGCACCUCAAACUCUCUGAGAGACAAGAAGCAUUCCAAGCACAAGUCCAAGACUAAGCACGGCCUACGCUCCUCCAGAAGCGGUAAAUCCAGCAGCUUGCGUCACUCCAAGGAAGGAGCGAGGGAUUAUAGCCAGUAUGAGAUAACCGAUAACCAACCAUCUAUUAGUGAGUUACUUGCUGUCUCUAAUGACCCCAAUGCGCCAACAGAACGAAGGCUGAUCACCUCCUACUCUUCGCUGCCAAGCUUAAGUCGGACCUCUUCUCUGAAUCACCCUGCUGGACAAACUCCUGUUGACCCAGCACACUGCAAUAAACGAGAAAGCUAUGUGAAAACGAGGGCUCUAUCAACGCCGGAGUACACGUACUCAUCUUUGGCCUCUCAGCCUGUUCAAGGUCCUUACUUCAGGAAUCAAGGCCCCUUUGUUGAGGGCAGUGAAAGUUCAGGGAUUGUAGGCAGCACGGACGUCUUUGAACGGACAAGCUUCACUGAGACUAAUGGCGAAGUGUAUGCAAACGGCUAUGAGGAGUCAGAUGAGGAUCCAGAAGGCACUGCCACCAGGAUGGAGUCAGACAGUGACCCUAAGAGCCAAGACGCUGCUGCUGUUGCAGCAGCACAGAUUGACUUUUCCUUUGUGGAUAGCAUGGCUCAACUUAACGGCAGUGAUUUGGAUGAUCUUCCCAACAUCCAACUGUGCGUUGCUGCUAACGAGGAGCCAAUCUGCUUGGAGAACUCCCAGCUCCGGUUCCUAGACACCGACUCCGGCAUGGAGUCGGACUCUGCAUCUUCCAGGAAGAACUCAGACACUCCUCAGGCAACAGGCUGCAUCCCUGUCCAAGAUGCAAACACUCCCAAGCUACCAAGCCCUGAGGACUCCAAACCAGAGGCUUCGCUCACUUCUACACAACUCGCUGCAUCCCAGCAGUCAGAAGAACCCAACAGCCAACCGGCACAACUCCAGCUCAGUUCUACUCAGGUGACGCCAGCAAUUCCUUUGGCGAGUACCCCAGCAAGCAGUGCAAUCUUGGAGCCCUCAGUUGGCAGGACUAGCCCCAGCGGCAACAGCACCUUUUCCUCCUCAAACGCCAGCCCAGAGGACUCCGCUAAGCAGAGCCAUGGUCUUUGUGACUGCAACUCCGUGCACCUCGUACCUCGUAAAAUGAACACCUGCAUCGGCUGCUUCUCGUUUAUACAUCACAGUGGCAGCUCGGCCUCCUCUGGCAACGGUGGGGCUGAGGCAUGCGUGGUGAAGCCUGCCCUCACGCAUCAGCCUGCAGCUAGUGCGGUUGUGUCGGAUGCUAUAGCGGUUGGCCACAGCCAUGACAAAGAUCCUAGAAUCCACUCCAGAUUACAAGAAGGCUUGGUGCGAACAUUGUCCCAAGUAUCUCAAGCAAGUUUUAACACGGCCAAGGAGGACUUCAAACGCAAGCUACGGUUCACUGGUAAGCUGUACAGUGACUUACCAGAGAAGGCAUCUUGUAAGCCAUACUUCAGCAUUCCUGAACCGCCGAUGGAACCAGAAGAAGAAGAGUUAGGUUUGGAGGUACACCUUGUAGUGUGCGUUCAUGGCCUGGAUGGCAACAGGGCUGAUUUGAGACUACUGAAGACCUAUCUGGAGCUGGGGUUACCAGGAGAGAGAUUCGACUUCCUGAUGUCUGAGAGUAACCAGGGUGAUACUUUUGCUGACUUUGAUACCAUGACGGAUAAGCUAGUGAAGGAGAUCAUCAUGUACAUUGAUGUCUUCAGGAUACGACCCAAGAAACUCAGUUUCAUAGGCCAUUCGCUAGGCACCAUCAUCAUUCGAUCAGCAUUAGCCAGACCUCAGCUUACACCCUACAUUGACAAGAUGUACACGUUCCUGUCACUAUCUGGCCCUCAUCUAGGACAGUUAUAUAACAGCAGUGCCAUCGUAAACACAGGCAUGUGGUUGAUGCAGAAAUGGAAGAAGUCUAGCUCUCUACUUCAACUUGCCUUCAGAGAUCACACGGACAUGCGCCAGACAUUCCUCUACAAGCUCAGCCGCUCUUCAGGUUUGAGUUUCUUCAAGAACGUAGUCCUAGUAGGGUCGUUACAGGACCGCUAUGUUCCUAUCCACUCGGCUAGGAUUGAGAUGUGUCGACCCGCUGUCAAGGAUAAGUCCUUGCUAGGAAAUGUUUACAGUGAAAUGAUCAACAAUCUACUCCAGCCUGUCAUCCAGAAUGCUAAUUGCUCGUUAGUCCGUUACGAUGUCAACCACACCCUCAGUACCUCCGCAAACACACUCAUCGGCAGGGCAGCGCACAUUGCAUUCCUUGACUCGGAACUCUUCAUUGAGAAAUUCAUGACGGUCUCCGCUCUCAAUUACUUCAAGUAGUGUGAGGUAGAUCGUGAGAGUCAGGUCUUGAGACCAGAGAUGUAGUCAAGUCGUCAGAAGUCACUAGUCGCUCGCAAGCUACUCACAGGUAACUCACAAGUUAUUUAUAAGUGACUCGCGAGUCACUCAGUGGACUGUAAGAAUGGCAAUAGAUCAAAUAAUAACUCAGAUUGGACAAAAAUUGGUUUUAAAGCGUGUUGCUGGUUGUGACAGAUGAAUUCAAAUCAUCCACAUUAUCAGGGUUUUACUGUUAGUGAUAUCCAUUCAAGAUUCUUAAAGGUCCAUGCAAUGCAUUUUUGUUUAAAGCAAUCCUCAAAAUGUCCCAUUUAACUUUAUUUUCAAUUUUCGUUUUGCCAUUUCAAAGGUAUUUUGGUGCCUUUUUGGUUUUUAUGCUAAUGCAAUUUUCCAUAUUCAUGAGCAACAGUGUGAUGUCAUUUCAGGCAGAAACUCAAUGCUACAGCUAUUACAGCACCAAAAGUUGCCAGAAUUUUGGUAGUUUUGUUGUCGUGAAUUUUCUUUUCUUUGGUGAUUCAUUGUGUCAGUUCAAGGCAGUCAGCCAGUGAACAAACUUUUCUCACAAAUGUUUUUAAAGACCAAAUGUUUGGGUUCACAAUUUGAGCAAACUACCCUUAAACUGAACAUUAUCUUCCUGGAAUGACAUCACAGCAACAGCGCCCUCAGUGGUCCGGAAAAGCACGGAAACUUUUAUAUGUUUAAAGAAGUGCACUUUUCAAUAAAGUUAACCAAAAAUGGAUGUCAAAUACUUUUCAUAC